UUUACAGUGUACAGACGUUUGGACAGACCUUCAAAUUUUACAAGAUGGACAGAAAGGAGUGCUGAAAACGGACAAUACAGCAGGAUUCUUUUCCAAGUAUGGCGACAGCGUCUAUUUCUACCAAAGAGACAACCAACUACGCCCGGUUGUGUCGCCUGCUGGUGGAUUUAGGUUCGAAAGUACUAAGAGAUACAUUCGAUAGACUACGUCCAGCAGGAAGCCUUAACAAAGUUUUGACAACUCAUCCGGUAUUUCCUAAGCUUAAUUCCUUAAGAAAGAAACGAGUUCUCAACCAAGCGCAGUGGGUUAUAAUCACUUCAUCUUCAGUGUCAUCUGAGCAAUUUGACAUUUCCUUGCUAGCUGUCCUUCUAAAGAACAUUUGUGGCUUUUCUCCACCGACAUCUGGCUGGAACACUCUCCCGCAUGCAGCAGACAACACAGAGGCAGCCGAUAUUGUCCGUAUUACGAUUCAUCGGAACGAUGUGCUUGCCCACGCCAAACAGGCUUCUAUUGAUGAUGGAGAAUUUGAAUUGCACUGGAAAAAUAUCAAGGAGGCUUUGGUGAGACUCGGAGGAACCAUUUAUGAGGCGACUAUUGAUAAAAUGAAAACUGAGGGAGUUGACCCUGAGAAGGAGCAAUACUAUCAACAGCUUCUGAAAGAAUGGAGGGAAAAUGAAGAAAGCGUCUUGGCGGAGCUUGGUGAAAUCAAAGGUCGUCUGGGGACCCUCGAUUGUCAACUACAAAAGCUGGACGAGAAAUUAGAUUUUGCGAUGCCAGUGGCAUUAUCUGCAGAAGAACUUAACGUUGAAGAUUAUAAAAUCCGUUUAGAGAAGCACUACAACAACUUAAGCCAGGUUAACAUCACACCUUGGGAUCCCGACAACACCGUACACAUCGAUGAUAUUUACACAGAACUGUUUUGGGUCAGGGACAACCGGAAGCCAAGUGGGAAGAAAGAGGAAAAACUCGAUGAUUAUUCCGACGUUUUGAGAGAGCAGAAAAGCAACUCACACUCAAACAGAUUCCUUGUUUACGGUAUACCCGGAAUCGGAAAAUCCACCUUUGCUCGGAAAAUCGCUCUCGACUGGGCAAAAGGCAAAAAGGAAAUCCUUAAGAAGUUUGAUCUACUUCUCAUGAUCCCGUUGCGGAAUGUUUGCGAUAGUACGACGUUUCGUAACAUUUUGAUUGAGGCCAAGCUAUUUCCCGCGGAAGAUCAACGAUACAUUGACGGUCUUAACAGGUACAUCCUUGAUCACCAAGAUAAAGUUUUGUUGGUUUUGGAUGGCUUUGACGAGUACAGCGCCACUGGGAAUUCGCCAGUGGUACAUCGCAUUUGGAUAGGGGAUGAGCUCCGAGAAUGCUUCGUGAUUUUGACGACACGACCAGUAAAGGAAGAUGAUACUAAACGAUUCAGCCACGCGCAGUUCCAGAUCAAGGGAUUUAACUGGGCUCGGAUCAAAGAGUUCGCAAUUAAGAUGCUGGAAGAUGAGAAAAAAGUAGAGAUGUUUCUAAACUACAUAAAGAAGCAUACACUGAUGGAGAUUGCAGAAAUACCCCUUCUUCUGCUGAUGCUUUGUCUGGUCUGGAAGGAGAAAGAUCGCGAAGCUUUGCCAGAGGCGAAAGUACACCUGUACAAAGAGUUCAUUCAAACUCUGUUCAAUCACAUGGCUGCAAAAGGCAACGAGGAAAAGUUUGAAAGGAUUGGUGAUUAUGAAGGAGAUCUUGAAAAAGUUGGAGAGCUGGCAUUUAAAGCCUUACUAAGCAAUUCUCUUGAGUUUGAUUAUGAAAAUUUUCCUACCGAACUUCUGAGUAGCAAAUUACUAACUGUUGGCGUUAUUCAGAUCGUAAAGCUCUUCAGUGCAAAGCCAAAGAAGAAGAUUGCCUUUCUACAUAAAUCCAUUCAAGAGUUCUUGGCGGCUUGGUUUAUCAUUCACAGGCUCAUUCCUUCCUCCAAAGACGGUCUCUCAUGCAUGCCAGCCAUAGAUUCCACCAGAAAAGUGGUCGACUUUCUUGAAGUCUUCAAGUUUGUUUGCGAGUGGUCACCGGAAGGUUCGAUAGCAGUAUUGCAGCACCUUGAUUCUUUGAGGAAGAGCCAGAAUCCUUCCGAAGACGAAACCCUAUUCCUGGAUGAUCUGUCGGACGAUGACAGAAAAUUGUUAGAGCUAACCUUAGAGUGCUUUAUUGCAACACCCAAUGAAUCAAAGGCAGAUGUCUACCCGUCACUUCUGAAAUCUGUCAGUGGCGUCUUAGUUAUACCAGACACACUCUUGCCUCGAGUAGCCGACGGCCAUAUUGUGAAGUCUGACACCCUUCCUAACUGUGUUCUCUUCGAUUUCCAAAGGCAUCCAGCUCUGAAAGACCGGGAUUACAUGGCCUCUAUCAUGGACGAUCUUAAUUCGGUAAUUGUAAUGACCUCAGAGGAAGGAAAGGCUUCGGAUUUCGUGAGAAGACAGACCAAAAGCGAAGUAUUGGCCUCUCUGUUCUUAAAGGGCAAGGAAGAUGAGAUGUGUCUACACUUUUCUCAGAUUUCCAGUGUUGUCAUCGGUGCAUUAGGUGAGGCUACACCACCAACCAUGGAUACUAUUGUUCAGACACCCACGGACCAUGAGGAUACACGAGGCAGUGAUGAGGCGACUAGAGUGGAUAGGCUAGCUAGCCGGCAUUGCUUUUCAUUGGCAAAAAAGAUUGACAUUGAUGAAAUACAUGGCGACAUGGUUAUUUCUAAUGUCAUGCCCCUUCUUACCAGACCCCGUGAGGUAGCGUUACGAAGUUUUCAUGAAUCUUCACAGCCUAAGAAGAUUGAAGCUCUUGUGUCAGGAAUAAGCAUCACGGAGCGUCUUCGACGUUUGAGACUCCACAAAAUAUGCUUGACAGCACAAUUUCUGCCCGUUCUUACAGAUGACUUCCAAAAAGCUAGUAACCUGGAAGAGUUGUACCUAUCUGAAAAUCCGCUGGGGAGCAGUAUUAGAUGCCUAGCAGACAAUCUACAUCACCUGCAACAGCUGACUGUCUUGGAGUUGUCAAAUGUGCGUAUGGACGAACGAGCCUUCUCAGACCUUGCCAAUUCCUUGUACCAUGUUCCUCAUUUGAAAGUACUUUCCGUGUCUCGAAACCAGUUGGGAACCUCGAUCUCAGAGUUGGCAGAUAAUUUGGAGUAUAUUACUCACCUUACUGAUCUGGAACUGAGUGAUACCAAAAUGGAUGAAGAAGGAGCAAGGUCCCUCGCCAAAGGCUUACAAUUUCUUUCAAAGUUAGAAAAUCUGGAUAUUUCCCACAAUCCUCUGGGAAGUGCAGUUGUUGUGAUUGCAGAAAAUCUUUUCAGAGCAGCCUGCCUAACUGAGCUCAAUAUGAAUGACACAAAGAUGGGUGUCGAAGAGAUUACAGAGCUAACUAGCUAUCUUAGGUCCUUUCAAACUCUCAGAACACUAUCCGUUGGUUACAAUCCAUUGGCACAAGGAGUGUGUGAUCUCGUCGAGAAUCUCUGCAAGGUCUCAAAACUCAAGCGACUGAACAUGGAGAACGUUGAGAUGGACGAAGAGGAAGUAGAUAGGGUCAAAACAGCUUGGAAAAGAAACCAAAGUCUGACCAUUGCCAACGAUUAUUUUGAUGAAAAAGGAGAGCCGAAAAAAGGACGAAGUGUAGAAGCAUUACCAAAUCAGCAAGAUCAAAACGAAAGUUCCAAUUUCGCUAACUCAUUGGAAAAAGCUUAUCAAACUGGUGGUCCACCCGAAAAAACAGGUAAUGGUGGUCAUAAUGAACCAGCAGCAUAUGACGGCUAUUUCGGGUAUGAUGACUAUGAUCCCGACUAUGGCGGCUAUGGCGGCUCUGGCGGCUAUGACGGCUACGACGGCGAUGAUGACUAUGAUCCCGGCUAUGGUGACUUUGACGACUAUGAUGAGUAUGAUCCCGGCUAUGGUGACUUUGGCGACUAUGAUGAGUAUGAUCCCGGCUAUGACGGCUAUGCAGACUAAGAUCUCGGCAAUGGCUACACUGACUGUUAUGAUGACUAUGGCUUACGACUAUAGAUUAAGAUUUAUUUCAGGCCAACCAUAAAAUAAGUGAGUUUGAGAGGCACCGGUAUAGUCCUGGUGCUCUUUACCUAUUAACUGAAGGAUCAGACGAAUUCUUCGGAGUACCUUUUCUUAUUCAGGACGAGGCAAAGUAGGAGAAUGUUUUAUUAAAAUCUUAGGAGAGAAAGAUUGUUUUGUUUUGUAAUGUAUUUUUUUUCAAAGACUUGUAGGUUGAAGUGUCUAUUAGGUGUAUAUGAAAAGGAGACCAAUUAGAAUAAAUAUUGUCGCGAAUAACAGAAACCGAGUUUCCAGAUGGGAUUUGAACCCACGACCCUCCGUGAUUUAGUCGGAUGCUCUAACCACUGAGCUACAGGAGAC